AUGCCUGGGGUUCGUGAUUGUCGACAGGUGGACAGCGACUUCGGAGAGGAAACAACUGUCCUGGAUGAGGUCCAGUUGGAUGUGCCAUUGGAUGAUGUGCCAGAUGUUCCACAGCUGCCAGUCCUCCUUGAUGUCCAGAAUGCUGCUAUUAUCCUUGAGGAUGUGCCAGAUGUGCAGACUAUCCUUGAGGAGGCCACUGGCAAUUGGCUGUUGAUUCUGAUUAGGUUCAGCCCCCUGUACUGUGGGCCUGUUGUGAUCAGGCAGGUAGUGGUGAGGAUGCACCACGUUAGUAGGGUGAGAGGCCUGGAGACUCAACUGGUGUGGGCCAUCUCCAAGGAGACAGCCAGGCUUAGUCCAAAGGGCAUCCCCUACUGUGCCACCAAAGUGCAGUCCAUCACUUGGAUCCAGCGUGUGGCUGGCAGGGUGACCCACUAUGUGUCUCACCUCCGCCACGAGACGUCUGUGGACGUGACGCUUGGCUGCUACCAGCCUCUACCUUACCACCAAGAGAGUGGAGGACAUCGCCCUGAGGCUCGUCUCCCUGCGCCAGGCCUUCACUACCCUGCUUGGUUCCACCCUGAGCAGGAACCAUCUGUUUGUGGCGGGAAAGGUCCUCCUGGGCGCACUGGUUCAGGCCAACCACAUGGACGAGGCCAAGUUCAUCCGUACUUAUACCGACUUUGUGGACUACCUGAGUGACCCCUCCAAGCGGAAUGACAUUGAGAGGGAGCUGGCUGAGGCAAAGAUCCAUCAUGUGAACAUGAUAGAUGUCGUCUUUGAGCUGGUGCUGUUUGGGAUGAUGACAGCUCAGAAGUCCCUGAGGGUGCACCCCGGUGGGUUUGUGGAGCGUCUGUACGCUCUCCUGUACUCCUUCCUGCCCACUGCUGCCAACAUGGAGCCAGAAACUGACAGAUACCUGCUGCUGCUCAAUGCAAGAGUCAAGAGGUUACUUCCUGUUUACUUCCAUAUUUUUAGUGUACUUCCUUAUUUGUGGUUAACCAGGUUCCAAUGUCAUUUUAGGGGGAGUUUCUAAUUGUUUCUCUCCUCUUGAUAAGCUAGUAACUCAGAGCCAUUUUCUAUGUGUUGUGUGGUGUUCUCUUCAGGGCGGGCUGAUGGCUCUGCUAGAGGACAUGUUUGGCCAGCAGCUGGCCUGGUACUUUAACCCAGAGUCUCUGGUCACGGAGCUCUCCAGCCUCCUGGAGUACCACUUGGAGAACCUCAUGGCCAGCAUGUAGUCCUACUGCAGGGACCAUACUCCUUUCUCCCUCUCUCUCUCUUUUGAAGGAAUGAAGGACUUGAAGUGCUUUGUUGAUCCCUGAUUAGUUAACACCCAUUAAUUUAAUGUAUUCUCUUGUUUUUUUCUCUCCCCACAGGAUUCUUGUGACACUUUACCACCCAAGAGGGAUCCAGACACCAAUGCACUACAUUACUUUGCACUGAAUUUGACAUUUUUAAAUAAAAUAAGUUGUAGUUCAAAAACA